AUGUCUUACGAUCGAGUGCUCCCAGCCCCAGUUGCUGUACGCCAUGAGUCUUCCGGCUCGAAUUUUCUCCACAGCAAUCCCUUCGAGCACAAGAUCAUGAAUGAUCUCCCAAUGUCCCAUGGAGCCCUGCCACAUCGGCCAGAACCUCUAGCCGCAACAUGCAGGUAUCCUGAAUAUCGCCCGAACGCGGUCCAGCAGAUGGCCAUGUAUCACGGCAAGGGUGAACCCUAUACCCCACCGAUCGACAAGCACCCCAUCGUGGACGCUUACCCGCGACAGCACUCCAUCUCAACGGCUUCGCUUCCUUUAAGAGAGCAUUCCCCCCCCUUCUUCGGUCCGAUCAAAUCGGGCAAAGAAGAGUACGCCAGUCAGUGGUGUCUCUGUAAGCCGGAUCCGAAAAUUCCCCGGCCUCGUAAUGGUGAGUCGAUGAUGUCCGCGCCGAUGUUGAAUGAGCAUGGCAAGUCCCUUUUUCUUUCAUUUUGUAAUCUAGUCGGGAUUGGCCCGGGAUUUGGAAUGUUUUCGUUCAUUGGAUUCAUGCUGACUAGAUGCUUCUUUGUCCCUUUUACAGCUUUUAUUUUAUACCGUCAGCAUCACCAGGCGGCUGUCGUUUCACACAAUCCUGGCUUGGCCAAUCCGGAAAUCUCGAAAAUUAUCGGCAUGCAAUGGAGAGCGUUGACAGAGGGGGAGAAGAACAAGUGGAGAGCUUUGGCAGAGGAAGAAAAAGCCCGCCAUGCUCAGCAAUAUCCAACUUACCGAUAUCAGCCAAAACGAGCGGGCCGUGAUGGAAACAAUCGCCAUUCAGGCUCUGGCAUCAGCCAUAAUCCAUCUGGAGCCUCCACAUGCAACUCCUGCGGCGGUAGAAUCAUGAAUGCACCCACUUCUCCAAUGACUCCAUUCACCCCAACAGGCCGAUCAGCAAGUAUAUCCGGCCCCGUACCAGGGCGAGCAACGACAACAAUCAUGUCAGCAAGAAGCUCACACGGCGGCGAGAAAGAGCUCAAGCCGAUCAAAAUCGACCAAAUCGACCACCGUGUACGACCCCGGAGAUUCGACGACGCCGGCGAACAAUCCCCAGAUCUCAAGCGCCGCCGUGUCUCUCACGCAUCAAUAAAGUCCGACUUACCGGUCCACCGAAACCGAAGUCCAGACUCUAUAUCCCCCUAUCCAAUGUCCCCGUACCAAUACAACGCUACCAUCCAACAACAACAACAGCAACAGCAACAUCAACAAAGACACCCACUUCCAUCAAUCAGCCGACCCUUCAACAACGGCCCCCCAGUCCCGGCCAACCAGCCGGAUCGGAAUCAAGUCUCAAACUCGCACCUCUCAAAACAUCAACGCCGAUAA